AUGGGCUCUACCUGGCGGAGCCCGGGCUGGGCGCGGCUGGCGCUGUGCCUUGCCGGCGUAGUGCUUUCCCUCUACGCGCUGCACGUGAAGGCGGAGCGCGCCCGCAACCGGGAUUACCGCGCGCUCUGCGACGUCGGCACAGCCAUCAGCUGUUCGCGCGUCUUCUCUUCGAGGUGGGGCAGUGGCUUUGGGCUUGUGGAGCAUGUGCUGGGCCAGGACAGUGUCCUCAAUCAAUCCAACAGUGUAUUCGGUUGCAUCUUCUACACACUACAGUUGUUGUUAGGUUGUCUACGGAGCCGCUGGGCAUCUGUCCUGCUAGUGCUGAGUUCCCUGGUGUCUCUCGCUGGUUCUGUCUACCUGGCCUGGAUCCUGUUUUUUGUGCUCUAUGAUUUCUGCAUCGUCUGCAUCACUACCUAUGCCAUCAACGUGGGGCUGAUGGUACUUAGCUUCCGGGAGAUCCAGAAACUGCAGGGCAAGGUCAAGGGACACUGAACCUUUACCCCAAGCCAGGCUGACUAUAUUUGUUCUGCUUUGGCAUGUGAGCUUUGCCCAAGGGGGCCAUGUCUGGGUCCAUAGAAGACUUUGCAACCAGCCCCCACCAUAUUCCCACACAGGACAAUGGACCAAACGUGCCGUGCUCAUUCCUUCACCCUAGUGCCUUUGACUCUGUCCCCAAGGGCUGGUCUUCAAAGCGCCUGCGAUUGCCCAAAAAGGGAAGCAAUAAAAUUAUUUAAAUAAAUUGGCCAAGUCUGAGCCAUCUCUGU